GGCGUCACAUGACAUGUAUAUCAACAAAUCCCUGACUAAGGUCCCAGAAAACUAGUUAUAGCCUGAUUAGUAGAGUCUAUCUUCUUCGGUUAUUAAAUAGCCUAACUUACUGUAACGUUAGAUGUCAACAACGCACAGAAGGAAAAGCUCUUACAGGUAGUUAUGUCAGUCAUGGCUCCUGCUGUUGAUAAAAAGCUGACAGGACUGGUUGCAGCUACUUUCACUCCAUUCACCUUACAGGGUGAAAUCAACCUAUCAGAGAUUGGACCUUAUAUUGACUACUUGAAAGAGAAGCAAGGUGUAAAUAGCAUAUUUGUGAAUGGCACCACCGGAGAGAGCAUGUCUCUCAGUGUUGCAGAGAGGAAGAUCCUGGCAGAGGAGUGGUGUCAGAAAGCCAAGGGCAAAAUGGAUCAGGUGGUUGUGCAAGUCGGCUGCAUGAGUCUUAAAGAUUCUCAGGAACUGGCUCGCCAUGCAGCACAGAUUGGGGCUGAUGGGAUAGCAGUCAUUGCUCCCUCCUUCUUUAAGCCCGACACUGCAGAUGUGUUGAGGUCGUUCCUUGAGGUAGUGGCUUCAGUUGCCCCAACUCUGCCCUUCUAUUACUAUCAUAUUCCAGCUGUCACCGGUGUUAAUGUGCUGGCGAGAGAUGUGUUGGAAGAUAUUGAGAAACGUAUCCCCUCCUUCAGAGGUGUGAAGUUCUCUGGGAGCGACCUGAUGGACUUUGGCCAGUGUGUCAGCUACAGCCAGUCUCACUGGUCAGUCCUCUACGGCAUGGACGAGCAACUGCUUGCAGCUCUGGCUAUGGGAGCCCAUGGGGCAGUUGGCAGCACAUAUAAUUACGUAGCACGUCAUGUCAACGAGCUCAUUUCAGCAUUUGAGAAAGGCGACAUUGUCCAAGCCAGGACAAUACAGUUCAAGAUGCAAGAGCUUCUCGGUUAUGCCAAGAAAAUUGGCUUUGAUCUGGGAGUGAACAAGCAGCUGAUGAUUGAGGUGUCAGGCUUGUGUCUGGGGCCCCCUCGGCUCCCCUUGAUGCCGUGUCCUCAUGCUCACGCUGUGUCCAUCGCACAGAAAUAUCACAGCAUUUUUCCUGAACUGAAUUGAUAUGUUCACACUGGGUUGUUGAAUCCUGAUUAUCCCUCAACAGCCCAACAUUUAGUGCUCACCUAAUUACUGUUACUAAUGCUUCGGACACAUGGGGAUUAUGAUGGAUCCAGUUCACUGUGUUUAUCAUUAUAGUACUAAACUAGCAUUUUUUUAAUCAGCCGUUUACACUUUGCCUCAAGCCUUACCCCUAAAAAUACAUUUCAAUGUCAAACAAAAGGCUUGCUUUGUAUUUAAGUGGCCUGGGACCUACCACUACAUUAGAGAUUAAAAAGCAUAAAUUGUGUUUACUCAAUAAACUUGAAUAUUUUUAUGGGCAUUUUCAGCUGACAUAUUGUUUGUGUGUCUGGGGAAAUAUCUAAUAUGUUGACAAAUAUUUUAAUAUCAAUGUUUAUCAUUUUAUAAAAUAAAUUUGGGAACGACUAACUUCCAUUGCCUAGGGGAAUGUGACACUUUAGUUUUUGCUACUUUUAGAGACUGUAACAUAACAGCAGUAUUAUCUUAUUAUCCUGUUCUGUGGAAGACAGAAUAGACAGAAUCUCAUUUUAGGAACUUAAGCCUUUUAAAGUCACGUAGUAUGACAUUCAUAGACAAUUAAAAUGAUCACAGUGAAAAGCAUCAUAGCUUCAUCACUGUUUUUAUGGUUCUGGUUUGUUUGAAUGUUUUGCCUUCAUCCUUCAUCCUGCCAUUUUUUUUCUAUCUUGAAAAUCACAGUUAUGGAAAAACCCAGACCUUGGGCUGACUCUACCAGAGGGAGGACAGCAGGCAGAGGGGGCAUCGAUAAAAGCGUUUCUUACACUCCAAAAACAAUAAACCUUGUUAUGAGUUAAAAUGCAUAAGCUGUUAUUAAAUGUACACUUUCUGAUGGAAUUUAAAGGGAAAUAUAUUAUGGGACAAAGAACCCUUGCUUUUUAUAUUGUAACACAGUCACUGAUUUCUUACCAAUAAAUCUGCUGAGCCAACUGUUGUUGGUUCACGGUGAUGUAA